GUUUCGCGUAGCUCACAGAACACCUCAAGUAUAUCCCGUCCCGUACGUACUUCAGUAUUGAACAAAUACCUCACUUUUUUGCAAAAUUUCUUUUUAAGGUUGAUUUUGUUAAUUAUUUAACAAUCUUUCAAAAUUCCAAAAAAAUUGCUUUUACUAAAUUGUUCUCGUGAAUCAUUGAACGGUAAAAUCUCAGGACUUUCAGGUACAAAGCGUUUAUUCUCCUGCUUGGGAUUGCACUGGUUGAAAAAUUGAAUAGAAUAUUCAAUUCUUUGCAAGAAAGGCGGUAUUUGUAAUCUUGAUUCGAUUGAGAAGUAAUAAUAAGCAUUGUAUGAUUCUAGUGGUUCGAUUCAUAUAUAGCUUUAAAGAGGAAAAUCUUCAGGAAUAAGAGCAUUAUUUUACAAGCUAUCGAAUAAUUGUUUUUGUUUACGUUUCCGCUGGAAAUUAUCUAUAUUUUAUCGUUUUUUGUUCAUCUCAUUCGUUAUUAUUUUUCUUCAUUCACGGCGUUAAGAACUUCAAGUGUUUUAUUUUAUUUUUAUAUAUUUUGUUAAAUAUUUAAUAUGACUAAUGUAUCAGACAGAACUCCUUUAUUGAAUGAUUGGAGUUCGCAUCUCACAAACCAAAAUGAUCCCGACUGGGAAGAAAUGCAUCGUUCUCGUCAAAAACGAUUUUUUCGAUUCCAGACGCGUCAUAUUGCAUUGUUCUCAUUAGGGAGCGGCAUAUUGCUUUUGUUCAUUUUUCUUUUUACAUUCAACCCCCCUCUUUACCCACCAGGUCAAUACACGGGCCAUAAAGUCAAAGGAAAGUCAGGUGCAGUCGCGACGGAAGUUGCUGGAUGCUCCAACAUUGGAAUAGAUAUCCUCUCUAUGGGCGGAAACGCAGUAGAUGCCGCGGUAGCUUCAACGCUUUGUAUCGGUACUGUUAAUUUUUGUUCUAGCGGUAUAGGAGGAGGCGGAUUUAUGCUUAUUCAAUUGCCAAAUGGAACCUCUGAAUCCAUAAAUUUUCGUGAAAUGGCUCCGGGUAAUGCCUCCAAACACAUGUUUGAUGAAAACCCUAGACUUGCCCAGAUUGGAGCUCUUUCUAUCGGUAUUCCCGGCGAAUUAGCUGGUUUAUAUGAUGCAUGGAACCGAUUUGGUCGACUGGAAUGGUCCAAAAUAGUCAGACCAAGUGCCAAGCUUGCAAAAGAAGGGUUUACUGUAACACCUGCAAUGGAGCAUAGCAUGUUGGACGAAACCACCAAAGACCUAAUGAAUGAUUCAACUUGGGCUUCUGUAAUUGCUCCUUAUGGAACGUUGUUGAAGGCUGGUGAUAUAAUGCGUCGUCCUGCCUUUUCGAAGACUUUGGAGAUAAUAGCCAAAGAAGGUGUUGAUUCAUUCUAUAAAGGAGCCUUGACGGAUGCGAUGGUUGGAUUUAUUCAAGAACAUGGUGGUAUUAUAACCAAAGAAGAUUUUGAGAACUAUUCAGUGAUGAUUUCCGAUGUCAUUGAAACAACCUAUAGGGAUCACAAUGUUCUUACAUGCCCCCUCCCAACGAGUGGGCCCGCGUUAAUCGAGGGGCUAAACAUUUUGGAUGGAUUUCCAAUGGAUUCUUCUUCACUUUCUUUCACAAAGAGAUUACACCUCCAGAUUGAAGCGAUGAAAUGGUUGUCAGCUGGGCGUACUCAAUUUGGUGACCCAGAAUUUAUUCAAGAAAAUAUGGCUUUGAUAUCAAAAAUGAUGUCGAAAGAAUUUGCUUCGCAAGUUCGAGAAAAUAUUUCAAUGACUAGAACAUAUUCUUGGGAACAUUACAAUCCGUCAUACGAUGUUCCUGGCAAUCACGGAACUACGCACAUUUCUGUUACAGAUAACGAAGGGUAUUCCGUGUCUUUGACAUCCACUGUUAAUCUAUUAUUCGGGUCUCAGUUGAUGGACCCUGUUACGGGAAUAGUAUUUAAUGAUCAAAUGGAUGAUUUUUCUAUUCCUGGUUCUUCCAAUGCAUUUAAUUUGACACCUUCACCAUGGAACUAUAUUGAACCGUACAAGCGUCCUCUUUCAUCAGCGGCUCCUACGAUUUUAAGAAACAAACGCGGUAAUUUUAAUAUGGUGCUUGGUGCUAGUGGCGGUAGCCGAAUUGUUACGGCUGUUUUGGAUGCUAUUGUGAAGCGAGUGGAUAUGAAAUACGAUAUUGAGUCGAUGGUGGCUAGUGCACGUUCCCACCAUCAAUUGCGACCGAAUGUAUUAGUUUUGGAAAAUGGAUUUUCCAAAGUGAUCGCAUCCAGAAUCAAGAAAUACUUACAUAAGGUUGUUCGAUUAAAGUCCCGAACUACACCGUUGAGCGCUGUUCAGGCAGUUAUGAAACACAAAGGUAUGAUCUAUGGUAUGAGUGAUCCUCGAAAAUAUGGGCAAGCUGCUGCAUAUUGAUGAUAUAUAAUGAUUUCAACUGAUAUACAUUAGAAUACAACUUUUUUUACGUCAAUUUGAUAUUUAUUUUUAAAAGCUUUUAGGAAAAGGAAAGGAAUUAAAAGCAAAACGAAUGGCAAGGAUGCCUCGUUGUAGGAAGUAAUACACAAUAUUUAGAUUGGAAUGUUUGAUAGCAAUGAGUAAAAAUGGAAUUAAGAAAUUGGAAAAUUAAGCAGACUGAAACUUAUUUGCCUUCUUGCGAAGCUUUUCUUGGCGUUUGGAAAGAGGUUGAUUCGCGGUAGCUGGUUCAGCUUGUUCAGAAGAUGCAGGAUCAUUGGUACCCUGGUUUCGGAACUUUUGUAAUUGUUGAAAGCCCAUACGCAGCAAGGGGAAGGCUUUGUAGCCAACAAAGAUAGGAACCUAUAGACUAUGUUAGCAUGAAGAAGGAUAUGGAAAAGACAUUUGUCAACAUACCAAUAAAUAGAGGGCAAAAAACUUGGUAGAGGUAAGAGAAGAAAGGAGAAUGAUAAUCCAAGAGAAAUACAUGUAAUCAAUCAUAUAAGAAGUAACGCCGUGUUGCAAAAGAUCCUGACCCACGUACAGCAAGGCGCCUCUCGAGUCGUAUUUAGGAGCAGCCGCACGGUUGAGUUG